UUAUUCAGAUCAAUAAACAGUAACAAGUUCUCUUUAAAAAUGUCUUUGAAAUUCGCUUGUGUUGUGGUCCUCGUUAUCGUUUGCGGAAUAUCAGCUCAGCACCAUCAUCAUAAACCGGCUAUUUCCUCCCAGCAUAUCGAGCGACAUGAUAUUCCUGCUCACCCUCCUAAGGAUUUCCUUGAACAUCAUGGUCCAGCCAAGUACGAGUUCGAGUACAAGGUGCACGACCCGCAUACCGGUGACGACAAGUUCCAGCACGAGACCCGCGACGGUCAUCACGUGAAGGGAGUCUACAGUCUGCACGAGGCUGAUGGGUCCAUCAGAACCGUACACUAUACAGCCGACAAGAAACAGGGAUUCCAAGCAGACAUCAAGCAUUCAACAAAGCACGUGGAACCCAAACAUCACUAAUGAUCUCAGCAUACCUAUUGUUAAAUAUGUUUAAUAGUUGACUGAUUGUUGAAUAUAUGUUUAAAAAUAUACAUAAA